UGUUCCAGCACACAGCUGCGACAUCUAACGAUUUUUGUCCUUUAACGCGUUAUUCAACAAGUUAUUUAAGAAUAACAGUUAGAUCAAAGCGAUCGAUAGAAUGGACAACGAUAGUGAGGUAGCAUCAAUUUCACACAAUGAUCCGGGUUUUACAACCGAUGUCGCGAAAUGUCAUGAGAGAAACACGUGUGCCGAGGAAACCUUUCUGCUUCGACAUCUGCAAAGAGCCAUCUCGGAAACAACAGAAGAAAAUAUUGCAUUUACAAAGGAGAUGAUAGCUUUGCUCACAAAAUUGGAUUUGGAUGUUAAAACGUUACCCAGUGAUAUAAAAGAGGGUUUAGAAAAGCUGUCUGCAAUCUUGAGAGCUGAGAAGUUGCUGGAAUUUGAUGAAACAGCUUUGCGAGUGAUAAGAGAACGAAGAAUUAUAGAGGAGAAAAGGCGGCAACGAGAGGAAAAGCAGAUGUCCACGAAAUAUGAUAAAUUAUUUAGGAAUUGUACAAAAUUGCAGGAGAAGCUCGAUCAUCUACAAGAUGCAGUUGAUUCUCUCAAGAAUAGCAUUGAUACUACAGAGGAAGAGAAAAACAAUUUGUAUUGCAAUAGUUUUUUAUCUGCAAAAUUGAAGGAAUACCAACAAACUGUAGAGAGAUUAGAGGCAGACUUGAGUGACAUGCAAGUCGACGAAUUUUAUUCGGAAAAAAUAUUGGAUAAAUAUAAACUGUAUUUAAAAGAAACAAGCAGAUUGACAGAUCUUAAUCAAUCGCUCGCUCAGUACGGCGAUUUACCACCUAAUUUAUUACAGGCUAAAUUAUUAGUGGAAAGUAAAAGGAAAGAAUACGAAAGCUUAGAACAGACAUUUUUGGGAAAAACUCAGUGAGCUUUGUGAAAUUAUAAUUUCAAAUUUAUCUGAAUUUCAAUAUAUUUUCAUAUAUAUAUUCGCGAUAUCUUUAUUUUUUUUAUACAUAUUUUCUAUCAUUAAUUUACAUUAAAAAUAAAACAUAUGUGCAGAUGUUAAGAAAAU